AUGGGAGUUAUACUGUUUUAUUUAAUAGGACAAUUAUUAUAUUUAAUCAGAAAGAAAUACACUACUACUUAUAGACAACAACAACAACACCAAUACAAUAUGGAUUCAAAACAUUCUACUUCUUCUUCUUCUUCUGGCUCAUUAGCUACUAGAAUUUCCAAUUCAGGUCCUAUUUCUAUAGCAGCCUAUUGUCUUUCAUCUAUUUUAAUGACAGUCACCAAUAAAUAUGUUUUAUCGGGUUUUAGUUUUAAUUUGAAUUUUUUCUUAUUAGCAGUCCAAUCAAUUGUUUGUAUUGUUACUAUUGGUUCAUUAAAAUCAUUAAAUAUCAUUACUUAUAGACAAUUCAAUAAAGAUGAAGCUAAAAAAUGGUCACCAAUUGCAUUUUUAUUAGUUGCUAUGAUUUAUACUUCUUCCAAAGCUUUACAAUAUUUAAGUAUCCCCGUUUAUACUAUUUUCAAAAAUUUAACCAUUAUUUUAAUUGCUUAUGGUGAAGUCAUUUGGUUUGGUGGUAAAGUUACUACUAUGGCUUUGAGUUCAUUUUUAUUAAUGGUUUUAUCCUCGGUCAUUGCUUAUUAUGGUGAUAAUGCUGCUGUUAAAUCUCAUGAUGAUGCCUUUGCAUUAUAUUUAGGAUAUUUUUGGAUGUUGACCAAUUGUUUUGCUUCAGCUGCUUUUGUUUUAAUUAUGAGAAAAAGAAUUAAAUUGACUAAUUUUAAAGAUUUUGAUACUAUGUAUUAUAAUAAUUUAUUAUCAAUUCCUAUUUUGUUGAUUUGUUCAUUUAUUUUUGAAGAUUGGUCUAGUGCUAAUGUUUCAUUGAAUUUCCCUGCUGAUAAUAGAGUCACUACCAUUACGGCAAUGAUUUUAAGUGGUGCUUCAUCCGUUGGUAUUUCUUAUUGUUCUGCUUGGUGUGUUAGAGUCACUUCUUCUACUACUUAUUCUAUGGUUGGAGCAUUGAAUAAAUUACCAAUUGCCUUAUCAGGAUUAAUAUUUUUUGAAGCUGCUGUCAAUUUUUGGUCGGUUUCUUCUAUUUUCGUUGGUUUUGGUGCAGGAUUAGUUUAUGCUGUUGCUAAACAAAAACAACAAAAAGAACAAUCUCAACAAUUACCAACCACUAAAUAG